AUGUCGACCAACGUCAAGUACACGCCCGCUCCGCAAGAGGACCCCGAGCUCAACUACACUCAGCCGCCCCCGUCAUACCAGGCUGAGAGCAGCUCUGCCCAGGACCAGGAGCGCUUGUUUGGGUCUCCGCGGAACAGCGAGGACAACGUCCCCGAUGAUUUCAAGUUUGGAGGCUCUGUCGCCGAAGCCACCGUCGAGAUUCGCAAUCAGUUUAUCCGCAAGGUCUACACUAUCCUGACCGUCCAGCUCAUCGCCACCGGCGCCGUCAGCGCGCUCAGCUUCAUGAGCGACAGCUACAAGUCAUGGAUCCAGUCGCAUCCCGCCAUCGUUUGGGUUUCGCUCUUUGGUUCCAUGGCCUGCAUGAUGCUCACAUACUGGAAACGCCACUCGUACCCCACGAACCUCCUCUUCCUUUCGGCCUUCACCCUUCUCGAAGCCUACACCAUUAGCGUAAUCGUAUCCUUCUACAGCGCCUCGAUCGUGCUCAACGCCGUCUUUUUGACGGCCGGCAUCUUCCUCUUCCUCACGGCCUUCGCCUGCCAGACCAAGUACGACUUCACGAGCUGGAUGCCCUACCUGUUCGGCGCGCUGUGGGGCCUGGUCAUCUUCGGUUUCAUGUCCUUCUUCCUCCCGCACACCAGCACGACCGAGCUCGUGUACGGCCUGCUCACCGCCCUCAUCUUCAGCGGCUACGUGCUGGUCGACACCCAGCUCGUCCUGCGCAAGCACCACGUCGAGGAGGAGAUCGCCGCCGCUAUCAGCUUGUACCUGGAUAUUAUCAACCUGUUCCUAGCCAUCCUGCGCAUCCUCAACAGCCAGAGUAACAACUAA